UUCGUUCGUUCUUCGCCAAAUACUUGUUUCGUUAGUCAAUACAUAAAACCAAAUUAACUGCAAGUUGGUGUACUCAAUCGAGUUUUAAUGCUUGACCACAAACGACACAGUUGGCAUUGAUAUAUUUGGUAUACAUUUUUAAUGCGUGUAAGUCGGUAAUUUAAAUUCUUUGCGUUAACCAGAAAUCAGCAACAUGCAUCAGUUUUUUAAGAUUAUCGUGAUCUGCAUCGUAAGCGUUUUUUCUCUGUUUGUUCUUUCAUCUGCUCAACGGCCGACAUAUGCCGGUAUAUCACCGAAAGGUUACCCAGAAGUGGCUUCGAGGUUUCGUGACCCUGCAGAAGAAAACAAUGUAAAUUCUACCGAUAUGACAAUAAUUAAUAACAGAUUCGGUGAAAGCAGUGAUGAUGCUGCACAAAAUAUUCCAACAGAUGCCAGAGGAGACGUUCAGCUAGUGAACAGGUUAAAUACGUGGCCGAGAGAAAACAGACCGUUUUGGUUACUUAAUGCUCAACAGUUGGAAAAACAUCGAAACCCUGAAAGGAAAAGGAUUGUUGAGCAACAGAAUUCAACGCAAAAUUUAAUUACUUCAAAAUAGGGAGAUCCCCUAAGAAUUUUUAUAUUAAAAGAUACAGUUGAAUGUGACUUAUGAAUAACAUUUGUAAUACAUAUAAGUUCUCUUAAAUUAAA